CAAAACGCCAAAGCCACCUCACUUACAGUUUUCUUCUCUCAGAUUCAGAUUUUUAGGGUUUUUUUUACAAAAAUGAGUGGCGACAGAUUGACAGGCAAGGUCAAGUGGUUCAAUGACCAGAAGGGGUUCGGGUUUAUAGCGCCGGAUGACGGCAGUGAGGAUCUGUUCGUUCAUCAGUCGUCGAUCAGAACCGAGGGCUUCCGUAGCCUCGGCGAGGGCGAGGAGGUGGAGUAUCAAGUUGAGAACUCCGACGACGGCCGUACUAAGGCGGUUGAUGUCACCGGCCCUAAUGGUGAAUCGGUUCAAGGAUCCCGUAGCGGCGGUGGCGGCGGAGGCGGGAGAGGUGGUCGUGGAGGCGGCGGGUAUGGAGGUGGUGGAGGUUAUGGAGGAGGUGGUGGGUAUGGAGGAGGUGGCGGUCGAGGUAGAUCUAGCGGUGGAUAUGGCGGAGGUGGCGGUGGGUAUGGCGAUUCUCGCGGUGGCGGCGGUGGUGGGUGUUUUUCUUGUGGGGAGUCUGGUCAUAUGGCUAGAGACUGUCCCCAGGGUGGCGGCGGUGGAGGCGGUGGAAGGUAUGGAGGCGGCGGUGGAGGAGGUGGUGGCGGUGGCGGUGGGAACUGCUAUAACUGCGGUGGAUCUGGGCAUUUUGCGAGGGAGUGUCCUAAUAGCGGGCGUUAAAAGUAAAACCUUUAGGGUUUAAAAAACUAGUGAAAUGUGGUUUAGUCACAUUUAACUUGUUUUUAAUAUCAUUUUAAUUUUAUAAUCGGUUUUUGCUUGCUCUAUUUAGUUUGUUUUUCUUGGUGAGCCUGUGAACUGUUGUUGGUGAAAUAGUUGGGUUUAUCUUGAUUAUCCAGUACUGUUUGGUUUCAUUAGUCUUUUUUUAAUUAUGCUAUUAGGUGAUUUGUCUGCAAUUUGGGUCUUUAAUUAGGAGCAGUAGAGUGAGGGAGAGAGCAUGGGUUUGAUUCAGUUAUUUCAAAUUGUACAACCUCUACUGUUUUUUUAAAAAAUGGUGUUAAUACACAAUUUACAUAAAUAUACAUGCUGGUUUGGUUUCUA